AUGGACGUCCCCCUGAAGAUCGUCAGCGAAACCGACUAUCUACAAACAGAACUCGUCGAGAAACUCGGCCAAACAGAAGACAGAGGUUGGCUCAACAUGACGAACGCAACCCCCCUGAGAGCACUCGUCAACGUCCUAAGACAACGCUGCGCCCCGACGACCAUCCGCAAGGCGAGUAAAAGAGAAGAGAUCAAAACGAUCAUCAAAGCAAAGAAGGAAGCAACUCACGCGCAACAGAACCAAACUACCCCAACCCCCGUAGACGUAGGCCUUAACCCAGUCUUCAAUAUCACCGGUGCACGUCUGCAAGCAAUCACACAAAAGAUAGCCUACCAACACAUACGCAACCUUAAAGAUCUAGAGACGAGACAGUCAACACAAAGGACCAUCACCAAAGCAAUAGAACAUAACCAAGAGCAUCUCGAAGUAACUCACCAAGAAGAAGACAUAUGGAGAGCACUGCGACAACGCGAUAUAAGACGGAACAUAACAGAUUACCUAUGGAAGUGCGCGCACAAUGCGCACAAAUGCGGAGCCUACUGGGACGCAAUCCCAGGCUACGAAGAGAGGGGAAUAUGCCAAACGUGCGGAGUAACAGACUCAAUGAGCCAUAUCAUAACCGAAUGCAAGGCCCCAGGCCAAGACAUAAUCUGGCAAAUGGCCGGUGACCUAUGGAAGAAGAAGAAGCUGACGUGGUCCAAACCAUCAAUGGAAGACGUGCUCACCUCAGGACUACGUGAAUGGAGAAGCGAAACUGGGAACAUGAAGCGUCGCCCGCGAGCCGAGAGGCUAUGGCGCAUCCUAAUAACAGAAUCAGCAUUCUUAGUCUGGAAACUGAGAUGCGAGAGGGUAAUAGCACACAGUGACGACGUAAACUGGUGCCUCACCGAGGCAGCCAUAAGAACAAGGUGGACUCGAGUGGUUAACGAGAGACUACACCUUGAUAUGGCCAUGACACAUAGACGCUUUGGAAGGAAAGCCCUCAGGCGUAAUGAAGUCCUCGGCACAUGGUGUCGCGGAGCUAGGUCUGACGCGACUAGAAACAGAACUGGGAACAGAAACACUUGA